AUGGGCGACUACUCAAUGGACGGGUUUCGAUGGCUGGAGGAUGAUGGAGAUCUCGAUCUCAAGUUGGAUGACUAUCACGAAGCUAUUGCGGAAACAAACCGGCGGACAACGUCGGUAUCAGCACCCAUCCGGCGUCGCUCACGACGAAAUCCUUCCCUGUCAAGCCUCUCCAUACGGCGUGGUCGGACCUCGACAUCAUCCUCACGCCCUCCGGUCGAAGCACCUCCAACGCCGGCACUGCCUUUUAUACCUCCCCACACACGUUCGUCCUCCUUCUCCUUGAGACAUCUCCGAUCUCAAGCGUCCAUCUCAUCUAUCGACCCUCGAGCCACGCAUUAUCAAGAUCCUGCAGCUCGAAUGAAGCUUAGACUUUAUCUUGCCUCGCCGCAAAAGUUCGACGAGGCCAUCGAGUUUGGGUUUCCGUCCGUGGAAGAAAGAGAACAAUGGAACCAUAACAGACCUAUGACAAGUCCACAACCGAGACCUGAAUUCAACCGCACCUUCUUCCAUGACGACACACCAUCGUUAUCAGGAGACGAUGGAGACGACGCUGACGAACCAGAUACCAUGUUUGACCCUCGAACACCUGAAGAGCCUGUUUUCCAAAUGCACCGCCCAUCCCACAAAUCCAGUAUCGACGGGGUCAAAGGACUGAGACCGUUUUCAAUCCGAAGACAGCCUGAGCCAUAUCCGCGAGGCGUCACCGCAGACCGAGAGAUGACGCUACACAUGACUUUGACGAGACCAGACCUUCGUUCACCAGAAGAACAAGUCGCGCAAUCAGGCCCUCAAAAGAAGGCCAACAAACCUGUAUUAGAGCGAGUUGAUGUCCCUGUGGACGGAAAUGCUCUAUCAAUAUGGGAUACACUGCCCGCUGAGGAAUCCAAAGUGAAACGGUUCCUCCGAAAAUUGAGGCUCAAAUGA